AUGAAAAUUAUUUAUUACAACACCUUCGUCGUUUUGGUUAUCAUUUUGAAAACAGUCAAUACCAAUUGUACGGGUACAAUUAACGUACCUUGUAAGCACCCCACUGGUAUGUGGGGUGAUGUGAACCCGAACAUUUAUUAUAUAUGUGAUGCGCUAACGAACACGGCCAUACAAAUGCGCUGUCCUGAGGGACGCGGCUUUUUUAACGGAUUUGGCUAUUAUGGUUGCAUACCAUUUGAACAGUGGCCAGCUUGUAUAUCCGCUGUAACCUAUGUGGAGGCUUGUGACAAGGACCAUAUGAGUGAACCAUGGAAUACGGUGAAUCCGAAUGAAUUUUACAUGUGCUUGGCCGACAAACAAAAACCAUUAUUGUUGAAUUGUGAGCCAGGCAGAGGGUUUGUUAAUGCGGCGAUGGAGGCUGGUGAUAACAAAGUUUUGGGUUGUGCCACAUGGGAAAAAUGGCGCGAGUAUAUGCGAUGUCUGAAUUUUUAUUAA